AUGCAAGUGGCGUAUAUGUGCAUACGUAUAGAUAUAGUAAUGUCAAACACUGAGGAGCAAACGGAAAGAUGGCGGUCGGGCCGUAAUUUCGCGAUGCAUGGGAUAUAGUUUAUAAAUGGGGUGUCUCGCGUUCCCAAGGGAUUUAUCGAAGCCGUAAUAUUAUCGUGCGAUGUGACUACGCUGAUCGCGACCGUCUCUUCAAGCAAAUCGUGUCAAGAACGAAGGAACAACGCAAGAGAGGGAGAAGAAGGGAAAAGAGAGAAAGAGAACGGACAUCCACUUUAUACGUAACGAGUGUUGAAGCGGUUCAUUGCUCCGCUCUAACUUGUCUCCAAGAUGGAUUGGGACUCGAUCACGAUGGCAAACCUUCACUUGACGAUCACCGAGUACCAGUACUACGAAGACAUUUUUAGUUAUUGUUGCGAAAACACUGACAGCGAGAGUGUGCCGGUGAUCAAAGUCGCCGAGCUGCUACGCUCGGCGAAUUUGCCAGGUCUUGUCACGAUGAAGAUAUUGGAUAUUUGCUUUGGAACCAAAGCACCAUGCAUUGCAACACAUCUUGGAAAGAAACAAUUUUAUGGAUUAUUAAAACUUGUGGCAGCUCACCAAGCAGGAUUUAAUAUUCGCAAAGACUUAAUUACCAUGCCGUUGGAUGUUAUAACUCUGCCAAAAUUUACUUGGCCGACAUCGGGAGACGAAGAUGACAGAAGAAGUUCAGAUUCAAAUAGGGCUGUGAAAGGUCGGCAUGCUCCUGAAAGUACCACAGAAAGUGAAAGCGAAGCAGAAUCUCCAAGGGAAACUGGUGGUAGUACUGAUUCACCCACACCUACAAACAGUGUAAUACAAGAUAGGAAUAACGAUAUAGGUGGUAAAGCGAUAUUAGACUCUGUUACUGAAGAUUGGCAAGGAUUAUCCGACGAGUUGAGACAAUUAUUAGGUACAGAAGAAGAAAGUUCAGAACGCCAUAGCAGCGACGAAGGUGAUGGUGAUGCUGAGAGUUCAGAAUUUCCGCCAGAAGUAUGGAUAAUCACUGAUGAACAAUGUGAAUAUUACACCACUCAAUUUUCACAGCUGCAGUUAGAUCCUGAUGGACUUUUACAUGGCCACAUUGCCAGAACAUUUUUUCAAAGAUCUGGACUUCCUCUGCAAGAACUAAGUCACAUUUGGCGGCUGGCAGAUAUAACUAGAGAUGGGGCAUUGAGUUUAGAAGAAUUUCUUGUAGCUAUGCAUUUGGUUGUAUUACGAAGACAUCAUGUGCCUCUACCUGAUGUAUUACCGUUACCUUUAUUAAAUCCACUGUUUAGGCAAAAGACUGAACGACCACCAAUUCCAUCAAAUACAACUACUCAGAAAAUUGUACCUAAUACCACUAAAACUAUAGAAAAAAGCAAAUACAGAGAAUGGACGAAGUUUGUAGACUCGCCGACUGGAACUAGUAGUUCUCUCACCAUACCAGGUUUGCAGUUAGUAAAUUUUGAUUUCCAAAAGUCCGAUGUUGAAAAGGAUCCCAAAAUUUUACAUCCUGUACCAUUACGCUUAACACCUGAGGCAGCUAUCCUUGCAUCUGGAGCAAAUGGUAAUAGUAAUAGUUGCACUACAUUAGGAGAUGAUGAUCUCCAACAUACUGCAACAGCAUUGCUCCAGCGACCUUUAAUAAAAAAGCCAUCCGCCCCUAACGAAGAAGGAAUCAUUGUAACUCCAAAGAAGGAGCCGCCACCACCACCACCACCCAGGCCAUAUAGAACACAUGCAAGAAGCUCUAGUCUCGAUCUUAAUAAAUUAGGGAAAAAUGGUCAAAGUUUCCUUGGAGCACCUCCAUUAAUACCGCCUAGAAUCUCACCCGGAAUUACUUCACCUCGAAAGUUGGUUGGGCAAAAGAGUGAGGGAGAGGGACAAAAAACUUUAAGUGAUAAUCAAAAUUUUGUCGCUGAUUUUUCUCACUUUUCCCCAAAGAGCGAACUACCUGAAAAUCCACCUUUGGAAACCAUUACUCCUCAACCACAACAAUUUACUGGUGUUUGUGGUGCAUUCCAUAUUUAUAGAAAACCAAGUCCGAAACGAGAAGGAGGUGAAGAAGACGCUCCCAAGGAUGAAGUGGAAGAAUCAAAAAAACUAACACUACAAGAGUUGCGAGAAAAGAAUACGGAGUUGCGAUUAGUCUGCGAGGAAUUGACACGGGAGCUAGCUAGCGCACUCCAGGAACGUAUAAACCUUCGUGCAAAACUUUUACUUUUAACAUGAUGGAAUAUGUUACCAUUCGUGAACGCUCCAACCUGUGAGAUAUCGAUUUUUCCCAAAUUCACCGUAAACUCAUGUAUUUGAUACAUCAUUCUAGUCUAGAAUUUUUUCCUUUUUCAAUGAAGUCUCGUGUACUCAUAAUCAUUAGCGUAACCAAAACGUUAAAAUUGCGAAACAAGUAUCAAUAGAAAUUGUAUGCAGUCUAUGCAGAGAGUAAGCUGUUCGAUCUGUUCUCUUCGCUGUUACUUGGUGUUUCAAGAAUCAGUUGCCCUUUGAUCGUGUAUUUAUGUACCUUUAAACCUUUGGCGGUUGUAACGCAUUUAAAUGUUGUCACUUAAUAAGUUGAAGUUAUUUUAUAUACGAUGAAAUACAUGUUACAAUUUCGAUUCGCAUCACAAUUAUUUUUAAACAAAAAUAAGAAAAUCUCUAAAAAGAUUUGUUUAUCACUAGUUCUUAAGGGGAAAGGUAUUUAUAUGCUACCGAUGAAUGAGAUAUUUAAAACGAACUAUUUAAAGUAUCUGGAUGUAAACCGUGUUUUUACGGAAUAUUAUCUACUGUUGACCUAACAAUCUUCACUAUAUUACUGUAGGUGAAUUCAACAACUGCCAGAGGGUUAAUAACGUAGUGAUAUACAAAAUGGUUUACGCAACUAGAAAAAGCUAUACCUUCUCAUCGUAAUUGAAAAAUAUUUGUUUAAAAAGUAAAUGAUUCAAGAGAGGUUCUACACUUUUAGGAUCGUAUUGUUCCGUAAGUGUAAUUACGCACAUGUAUUUCACACUUGCAUUAUUUUUUAAAUGGGAUCAUAUAUUUCUUCUUGAAUUUAUCAAAUCGUUAUAUGCGUAAAAAAAUAUUGCCGUAGAACAGUAAAAAAUGUUAUCACAUGUUAUUGAUUUCGGAACAAAAUUGAUUGGAAUAUUUUUAGAUUUUUUAAUGAAGACAUGUACUUAAAAUACCACGCGAAUCAAGUUUAACCUAUCUGCAAGUACAUAUACAUUUACAUUCGAAGAAGUAAUGCAACUGUAUAAUAAAUAUGCAUCGUUACACUUCGGAACCUCUGCGCUGCUUAAAAUAUAGACCUUUUUAAAAUAGUCAUCUUUUUGCAUUAAUAUUUUUUUAAUUGCAAUUUGAAAUGAAUUGAGACUUGUUUCAGUUGCGCGAAUAUAUUAAUAAGAUAGUUACAGAUAUUUAUGUUGCAGCUUCAUUAAGGAAGUUGAAAUUUUAUAAUGAAAAUUUAUAGUGAAAUUUCUGAAUAUUGAAGUAAGACAUUUCACGGUUACGCUAUUAUCCAUGUUUUAUCCUUUCUCACCAGCAAUUCCAGUGUGCAUUAUUAAGAGCGCAAGUACAAGUAUUGUAGCAACAUCUGCCACUCUUUAACAUUCGAAUGUUACAGCAUUUUAACGUUUAAAUCAUUUUGAGAUCUUAUAUUUUUUAUGCAUAGUAUUGUGCUGAAUUGCUAAAAUAAUAGUUCUUUGUAUGUAUAUAAGAGUCUUUUAAAAGUUGAAUGUUUACAUCGAGCAGUGGUGAACGCUUGGUGGUUAUUGUAAACUGCAAAAUUAUUAUAGAAACAUAUUGUAAAAAAUGAGCGAUAGAUGUUUAUUGUUUACGAUAACAAAAUGAAACUGUAUUUUCGUAACACUGUACAAUCAAAUUUUUCACAGCAUGGCUAUAGUUGAGAAUCGGUAUUCCUGAAAAAAAAGUGUUACAACGUAUUUCGUUUCGUGAUAGUAAUUGUAUAUAGUCAAUAGAGUUUAGAGCAAGGAAUGAGAGAAAAUGAAGUCUGCAGGAACAGAACAUUCAGAGAAUAAAUAUACUUUGAAAAAAUGUUAAUAUCCUAACUCAAUUUGUUGUUCUAAUUUUGUUUCACUUUACAUAUUAUUUAAUGUAUCACUUCGGAUUUUAAUAUGAAAUGUCACACUAUAGGAUUCACUAUAUUGCCUACGAGGAUCAUAUAAAUGUUUUGCGUCUACAAUGUUUAUGAACCUAUUGUUAUUUGACAGUUCAUUGUAACCGGUACUGAUUUAGUGUUGCUAGCAGAAGUUACUGUAACAAAUUCCUUGUGCCAUACAAUACGAUAUUUUAUUAUUAAUAUUAUAGCCACCGAUCGUUGGCUAAAAAAAAAAUAACACUGUCCUCUGGUUAAACGCUAAAGAUAAAUGUUUCAUUCAAGAACUAUAAAAAAAAAAUCUUUUUGUAAGCGCAUAGGCAUUAUGUAAAAGUUAUAUGAAAUCGUUAUUUACUCGUUCCCUUUAUUAGUGUAAUCCUGUAAAAAUGUAACUAUAUACAGAAAAGUGAAUAUCUGGAGAAUAAACAACCUCUUAGUUUCAUAACAA